AUGAGUCUGCUGGGAACUAAUAGCAAGAGCCUCCAGGAAGUGGACGCCGACGGUUAUCUUUGCGAGCGAGACGACGAAGUGCCGCUAGAGGACGAGGACAUCGAGGACGAGGAGGACCAUAUCUAUAUCAAUGAAGAGACCGAGUGUGGGAAGGAAAAAGUGCUGAUAUCGCACGGCCCGCUCAAGCGGAUUGUACCGCCAUUGAACUUCUGUCCUGUAGAGCGAUAUCUGUACAGGUCUGGGCAGCCAUCGCCGGUGAACUUCCCGUUUCUGCUGAAUCUGAAUCUGAGAACGAUCAUCUGGCUCGCCAACGAGGAGCCGCAGGACUCGCUGCUUGAGUUUUGCGAAGCUCACGACAUCCGCCUGCAGUUUGCUGCAAUAAAUCCCGACGGCGGUGAAGACGAUAACCCAUGGGAUGGGCUCACGGAACACUCGAUCAUCAAUGCCCUCAAGACAAUAGUGGACCAGGACAACUACCCGCUGCUUGUGUGCUGCGGCAUGGGGAGACACAGAACCGGGACGGUGAUCGGCUGUUUACGGAGAAUCAUGGGCUGGAACCUGGCCAGCGUGUCGGAAGAGUACAGGCGAUUUACGGGCAGCAGAGGUGGCAGAAUUCUGGUCGAACUGCUGAUAGAGGCGUUUGAUACCAAUCUCGUCGAGAUAGAUCGUGCCAAGGCCCCCAAUUGGCUUCUUACAGCCCUUAAAUAG